GUGGGUGUGAACAGAGCUUGAGUAACAGCAGCACAAUGUCUGGAUCAACAGUCUGACAGGAUAAUCUGCAGAAAGAACUCGUGAGCAGUCACUGACUCACAGACAAGCUUCAGUAACACACAGCAGUCUGUUGUUUAUUUAACUAAAGUUCAACAUUGAGCUGCUUCGAAGACUCGAAGAUCCAGUUAUGGAGCUGUUGACCCGUGUGGUGAGCUCGUUGGGUUCUGCGUUCAUCAAGGCGUUGCAAUCUUUCUCUGAUCUGUUUCUCACACCACCUCUGUGUGCAACUCUCUCUUACUUGGGCGAGACAGAUCUUAAAACACUGGACGGAGGCGGGCGAGUGUUUAAGGCCAGAGAUCUGUGGGACUCUUCAGGAGCCGUCAUCAUGGCGGUCAGGAGACCCGGAUGAUUCAUGUGCAGAGAGGAGGCGUCUGAACUCUCCUCUCUGAAGCUGCGGCUCGAGGCCAGAGGAGUUCCUCUAUUCGCCGUGGUCAAAGAGAACAUGGGCACAGAGAUACGGGACUUCAGACCGUACUUCAGCGGAGAGAUAUUCCUGGAUGAGAACAGAGGUUUCUACGGUCCUCGUGAGCGCCGGAUGGGUUUAUCGGGGUUUGUGCGUGUGGGCAUCUGGAGGAACGGUUGGCGGGCGUUUCAGAACGGUUACUGGGGUAACGUGCGGGGCGAGGGCUUCGUCCUGGGUGCGGUUUAUGUCAUCGGCCCACAUCAACAGGGAAUCUUGCUGGAACACAGAGAGAUGGAGUUUGGAGAUAAAGUCAAGAUGUCUGACGUGAUUCAGGCUGUUGAACGGAUUCAAACCGAACGUGUGCCUCUGAAAUUAAAGUAGAGCUCAAUUAUUCCAAACUCGUUUCAGCUUGAAUGGAAAUGUUCUCUGUAAAUCUAGAAAAUACGGAAGCCCUGAACCACAUGUGGGAAAAAAAUGGUGUCUCAGUUCCUUCCUGAGCCUAAGUCUUCAUAAUUGUAAUCUUAAAAAAAAUUCUCUCAUCCAAAUUAUUUUUUCUCUCUUAAAAGAAAAUCGUGUUACAUGAUAACUCCAUAUCAAACAUAUGUAAUCUGAAUUUGUCUUAACGUUCGCAAACCCUUAAAUAAAUAAUACAUGUAUUAUUCAAGUAUACAGCAACAGAGAAAACAUUAAAAACAUUAAAAGCAUUAAAAGCAGAUCACAUGUUUAGUGAUAGUGGCACCUGCUGGACAAGGUUGGUACCGCAUGCAUUUCUUUGAAGAGAAAACAAAAUGUAGGAAGAGAGAAAAGGAAGGAACUGAGACACAUUUUAUUUGAUUUUUUUCACCAUUAUUUUAUUCCCACCUUCCGGUGAGAGAAGAGAGCAGAAUAAAGAGCAGAUUGCGACUGUUCCACAUGUAAAACAUACUAAAUGUCAAAUCGCUGCAAACAUGUACAUGUGUGUGUGUGUGUGUGUGUGUGUGUGUGUGUGUGUGUGUGUGUGUGUGUGUGUGUGUGUGUGUGUGUGUGUGUGUGUGUGUGUGUGUGUGUGUGUGUAAU